AUGACCAAGCUCCAGGAGGCUGUGACGUUCAAGGACGUGGCCGUGGUCUUUACCGAGGAGGAGCUGGGCCUGCUGGACUCCACCCAGAGGAUGCUGUACCGAGACGUGAUGCUGGAGAACUUGAGGAACCUACUGUCAAGUAUUCAAGCAGGAGAGAAACUCUGUAAAUGCGGUAAGGAUCUUAGUCAGAAUGUGUAUGUUCCCACCCAUCAGAAUGUCCUCACAGGGCAGAAACCCUCCCAAUGUGAUAGCUGUGGGAAGCGUUUUUAUCGGCGCUGUGACCUUGAAGUCCAUGGUCAAAUCCACAGUGGAGAGAAACCCUUUAAAUGCAAGGAGUGUGGAGAGAGCUUCAGGCAGAGCUCACAUUAUCAAGCUCACCAAAGAGUCCACACCGGAGAGAGUCCCUAUCAAUGUGAUAAGUGUCUUAAGUGUUUCAGCAGUAAGUCGGGUCUCCAAGUCCAUCAGCGAGUCCACACAAUUGAGAGACCUUAUAAGUGUGAGGAAUGUGGGAAGAGCUUUAAUUGGAGUUCACAUCUUUACGUUCAUAGAAGAAUCCAUACUGGAGAAAAACCCUAUAAAUGUGGGGAAUGUGGCAAGGGCUUCAGUCAGACUUCACAUCUUCAAGCCCAUCAAAGAAUGCAUAGUGGAGAGAAACCAUACAAAUGUAGUAUAUGUGCUAAGGGCUUUAGUCGGAGUUCUUAUCUUCGGGUUCAUCAGCGAAUCCAUACUGGAGAGAAGCCAUUUAAAUGUCUAGCAUGUGGUAAGGGUUUCCGGCAGCGUAAGUCUCGUCUUCGUAUUCAUCAGAGAAUUCAUGCAGUUGAGAAACCUUUUAAGUGUGAAGAAUGUGGAAAAAGGUUUAAUUGGAGUUCACACCUCUAUGUUCACAGGAGGAUCCACACAGGAGAAAAACCCUAUAAAUGUAAGGAAUGUGGGAAGGGCUUCAGUCAGACUUCACAUCUUCAAGCUCAUCAGAGAAUCCAUACUGGAGAGAAACCAUUUAAAUGUAGUGUAUGUGCUAAGGGCUUCAGUCGGAGUUCGUAUCUUCUGAUUCAUCAUCGAAUCCAUACUGGAGAGAAACCAUUUAAAUGUAUGACUUGUGCCCUCACAACCUGA